GGGGCGCGUCACCAAGAUUAAACAAUUAAAUUAUCUACAAUCAUGAUCCUACUCACUGACCUCGAAUCACUUUAAUACCUACCUAGGUAGAUAUGUGAAUCAGUCUAUCCUGCUGUAUGGGUAUCCUCUUCAACAAGGAGAGGAAAAUUCCUAUUUACAAUAAUUCACCUUAAACCAAUCCCUAGAGCAUGCUACGUUCCGAUAAUACAAAUCCGAUUCCUCAUCCAAAUACCCUUACCUUCAUCACUACCGUCCAAAGCAUCAGCAACCAUGCCUGGAGGACUAGCAACCUCUCGUUGGGCAGGCGCAUCGAGCAACCCUUACCGUAUACACAAACCCCGUGGACGUCGCCAACAAUCCCUACUGUCCUCAUCAGCCCCUGCUGCGUUAUCCCCCUCCCAACCCGACAAGCUACUAUCCUUAGACCAGUCUUCGCCCGAACGAGAAUUCUCGCGAUUCCUCAAGAUCGUCGCACGUCUCAAUUGGAAGCUUCCAUUCCUUAAGCAGGGAUAUAGCCUCGCCAAGGACAGCGACGGCAAAGAUCCGGCUUUAGUUCAGGGUUACGAGAUACAGUUCAAGCUGGACUUCCAUGAAUUCUAUAUGCUCAUUGAGCGCGCUCUUGUCCGCCUAAUGGCUAUAUACGGAAUCGUUGUGAAAGGAACUAGUAUUGUGGUCAACGGAAAUAUUCGAGCGAAACCAGAGUCAGAUAACGAUGCUUCGUCAGAGAACGAAAACCUUCCUCUGCACUGGUACCACUCCAAUGUCCUAGCGGCUCUCGAUGAUCCCAGAAAUCCCCUGAAACAAUUAUUUGAGGUUUCUGGAGCUCGAGAGCAGUUGAAGCGAGCUAAAGACCUUCGCAACCGAUGGAAGAACCUCGAUGAAGCUGAGCCUAGAAAAUACCCACCGCCUCCCCUCUCCACCUACAACCUCGACUAUAUCGUUACGACUAUUCUUUCUGCUAUCGAACAAGCUCACGAACGGGCCCUCGAACAUUUCCACGGAAACGGGAGUGAACUCUCCAACAGCAUCGGCGCAAGCGAAGGGGACGAGUGGGAGUUCAUUACAGAGGCUAUGGAUUGGGAAGCCGUAUAGGCAAAAUUUAUAUCCAUUGUCAGGAUACGCCUACGGCAGGAUAUGGCAUCGUUGGUGCUAUGUUAUUUAUUUGGUUGUUUUGUUUUAUGACAGCCUCUUACAGUAUGACCCAUGGUUGGUGUUUAGGCUAAGGAUAUAAGCAUGGCGUUUUUCGGAAGAUACCCUAGAACAGAAGUUCUCACGCUCAACGGAAUGUUGCGGUCAGCCAUAGAUUUUAUUGGCAAUGCUUUUUGACCUAAAGUAUCCGGGUAGGUAGUUAUGCUAGAGAAACAUUGAAUGUUUCCGGUAUUACACUCAAUACAAAUAGUACGCAUAACUCUUACUCACCAUAAUGAUAGAAAGUGAC